AUGGGAAACCUCUUCAGCAAAGAGAAACCUAUAUCUGCAGCGGCGAUCGAGGAGAUGUAUGCCGCGCAAGCUGCCGCUGCUAGGGCGCAAGGUGUGAAUCAUCCCAGCGAAGAAACACCAGGAGAAUCCACACACGAGUCGCAGGCCAACGUGAACGAUCAAACGUCCGAUUCCGGUACUGAGGUAGACAAAAACCCAUUCGAAUUGCCGCACAGAGACCUCAUAGCAAUCCAACGCACGAUCGAAGCCCUGAGCGGUUCCGUUCCACAGAAUUCGGCUGUGUCUGCAGCAUGUCACCUCACUUUGGCAGUCCGUGCCUAUUACGCAAAGGCUGCCGGAGCUUUCGAAUACGCCGUUGCUGAGCUAAGGAAGAUGGGAGUUAUCAAUGUAGCCAAGGUCCUAGCCGCAUGGAUAAUGGCACGCCAGUGGGAGACAGCGGCCAUUGUUGUUCCAUUGAUCCUUGUAGCCUGUACGCCCGCCGUACUUGGAGUCGUGGGCUUUGGCUCUGGUGGAAUCGUAGCAGGAAGUAUCGCGGCUGGUAUUCAGGCGGGUAUUGGCAACGUUGCUGCUGGAUCCACAUUCGCCGUUCUCACAAGUGCUAUGAUGGGCGGAUAUGGUAUUUUCCCCGUGUUUGGAGGGGUUUGGGGAAUUAGCACUAUGGUUAUGGGUGGUAUCGCGCUUUGGAAGCGUUGGAGAGGCUCUGGAGAUGACGGCGCGGACCACGACUGUCCUCUUGCCAUCAAAUAUAAUGAUGAGGAUAAUAGCAGCGACGACGAUAGCGAUGACUCUGGAGCGAAGGGAGUCAUGUGCAACUGA